ACCACAGGUGCACAAAUGGUGAAGAUCUCCGAGGCGCGGGACGCCCCCGCGCUGUCGCGCGCGCGGGACGCCGACUGGCCGGCCGUGCUGUUCUUCAUCCACAUCCAUCUGCUCUCGCUGUAUGGGGUCUGGCUGCUGCUGUUCGAAGUCAAGCUCAUGACUGUAUUGCUUUUGGUGACGCUGACGUCGUUCGGCCUGCUGGGCGUGACCACCGGCGCGCACCGGCUCUGGGCGCACCGCACGUACAAGGCCAGCACGGGGCUGCGCAUAGCACUGAUGAUCUGCCAGACCUUGGCUGGACAGGGUUCGAUCUACGAGUGGGUGCGCUACCACCGCCUCCACCACGCUCACUUCGGCACCGACAGCGACCCUUACAACUACAAGCAAGGCUUCCUCCACGCCCACAUGAUGACGAGGCUGCGGCAGCUGAGCCCGCACCAGCAGCGGCUGAUGGAGGAAGUGGAUGUGGGAGAUCUGGAGGCGGACUGGGUCGUUAUGUUCCAGAAGAAGUUCUACUGGCUGCUCUACGGCAUAGUGUUCCUGCUGUUACCCCUCAACGCGCCAUUGGAGUACUGGGACGACUCGGUGCUGAGCAGCGUGUUCGUGAUUGGCUUCCUGCGCUACCUCGUGGUGCUGCACGCCGCCUGGUUGGUCGAGAGCGGGAUCUGCGUGUGGGGGCUCAAGCCGGGAGAGAAGUACCCCGCGGACUCCAACAUGGUGUUCAUCCUGGCCAAGACCUUCUGGCCCCACUACCACUACCUGGUGCCACAGGACUACAAGUCUGGCGAAUAUGGGACUUAUGACUGCGGCUGCUCAACAGCCUUCAUCCGCGUGUGGGCGGCCCUAGGCCUGGCCACAGACCUCCAGACCGUGGACACCGCCACGGCGCAACGAGCCCUGGCCGAGGCCGCCCGAACACACGCGUCCGUGUCCAAGACCUUGGAGAAACAGAUCAAGAAGCAACGCUUGCCUGAAGGGCACUAUUUGAAAAGAUGAGUGAAAUUGUGUGGUUGUGCUUGCGAGCAGUGAAGAAGUUCCAAUGAUGAUUGAACCAAAUAACUCCUAAACGGAAAAGGCUAGCUUAA